UUUUAAACCAGAGUGCCUGUUAGCAGCUUUUUACAUUUGCCAGUACCUCUGCUAUCCGGAAAGGAGGGCGGAAAGCCAACCAGUACACCGUGAUUCAAAAUGUGACCAAAAUGACGCCAUAAAAAUAUGCACACCAAACACUACCCCCAUGGAUACCUCAGAUCAAAUUAACCAUUUAUAAACUUUGAUUUCGAUUCACAUUCAUUCAUUCGACAAACUUCCAUACUUCCAUAGAAAAGGCUUAAAUAAACAGGUCGAUUUUUGUCCUAGCUACUCUAUAACAACUGACUGGCCAGAUUGAGUGGACGGAGGGCACUCCCGCGACACUUGACUGAUCAUUUUGGCUGAAUUGCAGCGAGGUGAACACCCGACAGUCUUCGUACGAAGAGGAAUUCACCAUGCCCUCUCCUGCACCUACAAACCUGGACUACACUCCACCAGAUGGUGGUUGGGGCUGGGCAGUGGUCUUUGGUUCUUUUAUGUCCAUAGGGUUUUCUUAUGCCUUCCCCAAGUCCCUGACAAUCUACUAUAAAGAGAUCCAGAGGUACUUUCUCAGCUCAUACAGUGAGAUCGCAUGGGUGUCAUCAAUCAUGCUGGCUUCCAUGUACGCAGGAGGGCCCGUGAGCAGCAUACUGGUGAACCGGUAUGGCAGCCGACCGGUGGUCAUGACUGGAGGGGUAAUGGUUGGAGUCGGAAUGGUGGCCUCUUCUUUUGCUACUAGCAUUACGCAUUUGUACAUCUGCGUCGGAGUCAUUGGAGGUUUUGGCCUUGCUUUUAACCUACAGCCUGCACUCACCAUCAUUGGAAAAUACUUCCAGGUCAAGAGGCCCAUGGCUAACGGCUUGGCCAUGGCAGGAAGUCCUGUUUUCCUUUCCACACUGGCUCCUCUCAACCAGUUCCUCUGUGACAGCUUCGGCUGGCGAGGCUCCUUCCUGAUCCUGGGCGGAUUUGUGAUGAACUGCUGCGUGGCUGGAGCCCUCAUGAGACCCAUCAGAGUCAAGCCACGGAUGAGUUUAGGCACAACUGCAAAUGGAGCCAAAAGUGAUAAGGAGGUGUCAGAGGAGAAAACCAGCACCAAGAGCCCAGUGAGGAAGACAGGGUGCGCGGACAGGGUCAACAAGUUCAUUGAUCUCUCGCUGUUCAGGCACCGGGGCUACCUCAUCUACCUGGUGGGAAACGUGAUCAUGUUCUUCGGCUUCUUUGCCCCGGUUGUUUUCCUGGCGCUGUAUGCCAAGCACAUGCAGGUGGAUGAAUACUCAGCCGCCUUGCUGCUCUCAAUUUUUGCCCUGGUGGAUAUGUUCGCCCGUCCAAUCACUGGCCUAGUGGCCAACACCAAGUGGAUCAGGCCCCGAAUCCAGUACUUCUUCAGCUUGUCGGUGGUUUAUAACGGACUGUGCCAUAUCCUGUGUCCAUUUGCCACUGGGUAUGGAGGCCUGGUUGUAUAUGCUGUGUUUUUCGGAGUUGCAUUUGGCAUGGUGUGCGCUCUGCUCUUUGAGGUUCUCACGGAUCUGGUCGGGCCACAGCGGUUCUCGAGUGCAGUUGGACUCGCCACCAUCAUCGAGUGCGCCCCUGUCCUCCUGGGGCCCCCCAUCUCUGGUGCUCUGGUGGACAUCUUCGAUGAUUACAAGUAUAUGUACUAUGCAUGCGGCGUAAUGAUGCUGGUCGGGGGGAUCUUCCUGCUCAUUAUGAACUACUACAACUACAAGUGGCUGGCCCAAGAGGAGAAGCAGCGGAGGCAGCUGGAGGAGGAGAAGGGGGCUAUGGAGGAGCUGAAGGAGAUGGGGAGCAGCGCUGAAAAUGAGACUGAUGAGACUCUGGCUUAGAGGGAGGAUAGAAAAACAAAUAUACUGGGCCUGAGUCUGUGCUCAUCCCAUAAUGUUGCUCUGGGGGUUCGAUUAUUUUUCGAAAUUGAGCGUAAAAUAAAUACAUGCUUGCAGUGUAGUACCAUUUCAAUAGAAUCGUAGAAUCAUAGAAUUCCAGAUGAUCAGGUUGUGCAGGUCACUAAAGGUGGAUUUCUAAGGGAACUUGCACUUCCACUUCUUGCGCUUGCUCUGUGACGUCCACGGAGUCAACUGGGCUCAACUGGAUUUGAGACUUGUGCCCUCCAGCUGGACUCUGAGCCAAGCCAGCGGCAUCAGCGAUCAAUAUGGUUCAUGGACAAUGUCAACUAGUAAAGCUGUGUUGAAAGGAAAUGCAUUUACAACUUCAACAAAUGUGAUCACAAUUGGCACCAUUGCUUUAGAGAAGACUACAUCAGAUGUCAUUUAAUUUAUCGAUUUAAUUUUGGUAAUUUUCUGCCAGUGUGUAUUUGUGUGUGUGCAUUUGUGCCUGUGUGAGUGAGUGAGUGAGUGAGUGAGUGAGUGAGUGAGUGAGUGAG